CUGAAGUUCAAGCCUUAUUUUGAAGGUCUCUUGCCGGAUGUAUAAUGUAUUUUUUAUACUCGCUGGCUGCGGCUGCUUCUGCUCUCUGACUAAAAUGUCUAUCGUCAGUUUUGAUAAAUUACCUCAGGUGUCAAAGAUUUGGAUCGCUCUGAGGCGGCUUGACAAAAAAGAUGAAAAAGUGGCUACUCUUCGAGAAGUGUCUAUUCCCCCAGCUGCUGAUGUUACCAUCAUUGUACAGAUUGUCAGCAGUGCUUUUGGGCUGAACUGUUCCAGUGUUGUGUUCAAGAUAAGGAACCAUCAUGGCCAUCUUAUCCCUCUGAACAGGUCCAUCCCUGCUAACAGCAAGCACAUACCUUACGUGCUGGAGGUUGCAAAGAUCUUUCAGCAUGUGUGUCCCAAGCUGAGAACCAUCCCCAUGACUGUGAUCAAUAAAACUAUGAAAACAAGACUACAGACUAUUGAAAGAAGGAUACAGAGACUGGAAGACCUUCUACCUCAAGUCAAACUCAGGCGUAAUGAAAAACUAACCCAGGAAAUUGAAUGUCUCAACCAGAAGUUGAGGUUUCUUCAUCAGAGAAUGCAGGUAGCAAAUUCUCACACAUGGAAAGGGGUGUUGAUCAGAGCCCCUCUGUGGUAAACUGAGAGCUGCAUUUCAACUGCAGAGCAAUGGUUACAAUUGCCAUCAUGGUGCAUCAUGUUACUAUGUACAGCUGGUUCAUGAUUUGUGUGCCCUAUGUUGUAGUGUUUCCAACUACUUAUAUUAUUUAUAUUAGGAUUUCAAACACCUGUAGCCAUCCAUCUAGUCACAGUCUGUACAAAAAGGCCUUAAACAUUUAGAUCACAGACUCGUGUUUGUAUUCUCCAGGUUAAUGCUGAUAGUUUUUUAGUGUACUGCUUUUCUGUCUUCAAAUGUAGUGAAUAUAUUCCUGUCACCCAAGUAUAAUAGCAAUAUAUCUGUAAGACCUUCACUUACUUGAGUAGCAAACAAGUAGCAAACUCAUUUUGACUGGUGAAUGAUGAGUUUGACUGUAUACUGUGUGCACCUUGAAAUAAAUAAAAUAAUUGAAGGAAAUAAAAAUA